AGCACCAAAAUUCCAUCCAACCUCCUCUUUCAAAAACCAAAAAAAUCCUACAAAAAAUCUCCUCAUCUUCACCCCUCUAUUUCGCUUCCCACUCUUGCUCUUGCUCUUGCUCAUGGACUUUUAAUUACCCUUCCACCCUCCACCACCCGCCUCUCAAAACCCUCUCUGCUCUCUUUCCAUUUCCACUCCCUUUGCAAAACCCACAAACAUGGAGAACUAUUCUUAUAAUUCAUACCCAGAUUCCGGCCACUCCUCUCCUCGAUCCCGCGAAAUUGAGUUCGAGAAUCCCACGCCAUGGGAGGACCAAUCCCAGCAGCAGCAGCCUCAGGAUUAUAAAGCUAAGUUUAUGUGCAGCUAUGGCGGCAAGAUCCAUCCUCGCCCUCAUGAUAACCAGCUUUCUUACAUUGGUGGGGAGACCAAAAUUCUUGCCGUUGAUCGGAAUAUUAAGUUCUCCGUCAUGAUCAGUAAGCUUGCUGCCGUUUGCGGAGAUACUGAUAUUUCUUUUAAGUAUCAGCUUUCAGGUGAAGAUCUUGAUGCUUUGAUUUCUGUUACUAAUGAUGAUGAUCUUGAACACAUGAUGCAUGAGUAUGAUCGUCUUUAUCGAGCUUCCGCUAAACCUGCACGUAUGCGCCUCUUCUUGUUCCCGGUCAAUCCUUCUCCGGCGAGUUUCGGCUCCGAAGGAUCCAAAUCGGAACGGGACCGUUUCGUUGAGGCCUUGAAUUCCGCUCCUUGUCAUGUUCCUGAUACCAACAAACCGCCGCCGAAUAAUGUUGAUUUCUUGUUUGGGUUAGAUAAGGGUGUUCCUACUCCUCCGCCGCAGGUCAAAGUGCCUGAUUUACCAGAAGUGCAUGUCGGGGUGGGUCACGAUGAUCGGGUUAUAGGGUCGGAUCCAGUUAACCUUCAGACCCAGUUGCAGAGGAUACAGAUUAGAGAACAGGAGCAGCAAACUAUGUAUAGAAAAAACAGUGAUGAUAAUUUGGUGGCCGGUUACCCCGGUGAGUAUUACGUUCAAAAAUUGCCUGAUAAAGUUCCUCCGGUGACUUCGCCGGUAACUGUCGCGCCAACGUUGACUGCUCCUACUGGAUAUUGGCCUGAGAAACAGAUCGCCACCGGGGGUUACCAGCCCUCGGCGGUGACUGUGACAACCACGCCGGCUCCACUGGAACAACAACAGUUUUACGUGUUUCCGGGUCCAGCUCAAGGCACAGUUUAUCACACUCAAGUAAUGCGACCAGUCACCAGCCAAACAGGUCAACCAUAUUACAUGCAGAGGAUGGGAGGACCUGAUGUUUACAGGGAGCAACCGGUGUACAAUAUGGUCCCUCAACAGCAACAACAGCCACCUCAAAUAUCUGCAGCGACGGGACCCAUGGGGGUAGUGAGGCCAAGUGGGGCGGGAGUGGGGGUAACGGAUACCGGUUACGCACCGGUGGCUUAUGAUAGCACAGUUGGGAGGCAGGUCUACUACACUGCGCAGGGAGGUGUAAUGCAGGCACCUCCUUCUUACCAGGGGGUUGGUGGGAUGCCAGUAAGUGGUGAAAUGAGACAUAUUGGUGGCGGUGGGCUCUGAAUCAGGAUGGUAAGUUGGUGGUUUCCAAGGUUUCACAAUCUUCUGUGUGAUUAUGGUAAAUGAAGCUAUAAAUAUUUAAUUACCCAUAUAUAGAUAUGCUUCUAAUUUAAGCUUAAUUAUGUGCUUUAAGGUUAAUAUUAUGUGGAAUUGUUGGUUUUUUUUUUUUUUGUAUACAGUGUUUGAGAUCAAUGUUGAUCAUUGUUAGUUUUGUUUGACCUCAAAAUAGAAUCAUUAUUAAUUUUGUUUGACCUCUAAAA